AUGACCGAGAGGACACCUACCAGCGAGGCAUUUCCGUUUCCACCAGGCCCCAAGUCGCCAGCUUUGUCUCAACACAGGAAUCCAUUCGCUACACCUUCAGGUGCUGGAACUCCAGGUAUAAGGACGCCGGGUGGUGGUUUACGUGCUUCCGCAUUCCAUCUGCCAGCUUCGAAGGGGAACACAUACUUCAGAUCUCGGAGAAUAAGGGAUGUAUCAACCAUAUCCAAGCCGUGGACGGCAAACCCAGACAAGAGUCAGAAGUGGCACACGAUCUUUCCUACCGUCGGACUUAUUGUAGGACUACUUGCAACGGCAGCUGCCGUCUAUCAAGGCACGACAACGGUGACCAACAACAAAUACUGCUCUGUCUACGAAGUCGACUUUGCCACAGAUGGACAGCUCGAUCCGAAUAUCUGGACGAAAGAGCUCAAUGUUGGUGGCUUUGGCAAUGGCGACUUCGCCGAGGCGACUGACUCCGAGGAGAAUGUCUUUAUCAAAGACGGCUACUUGCAUAUCAAGCCAACCCUCCAAGACGAGAAACUGAUUCAGGAGGACAGCUUCAUUGAUCUCACGAAGCAAGGUUGUAUCGGUGCGACAUGGAAAGACUGUCACGCAGUUACGAAUACCACGAACGGUACUAUUGUGCCGCCAGCAAGGUCUGCCCGUGUCAACACGAAGAAGGGAGUCUCUAUCCAGUACGGUCGAAUCGAGGUCGAAGCUCAAAUUCCCGAGGGUGACUGGCUAUGGCCUGCGGUAUGGAUGAUGCCAGUAGAGGACACCUACGGGGCCUGGCCAAACUCUGGCGAAAUCGACAUCAUGGAGUCUCGUGGCAACAACCAUACUUACAAGAUGGGCGGCAACAACAUUGCGAGCAGUGCCCUUCAUUGGGGACCUAACAAGGAUCUUGAUGCCUGGUACCAGACCCACAACAUGCGCGAGGCGCUGCACCAGUCUUAUACGAAAAGAACCUGGACUUUCGGUCUUGAGUGGUCUGAGAAGUAUCUUUUCACUUACAUUGAUGCGAGGCCGAAGCAAGUGCUCUAUACAUCCUUCAACAGGCCGUUCUGGCAGAGAGGCAAUUUCAAGCCUCAGCAAGAUGACAAUGGAACCAUGAUUGUGGAUCCCUGGUCACAAACCGGAAAGCCGAGUACGCCAUUUGAUCAGCCGUUCUACCUGAUUCUCAACGUCGCUGUUGGAGGAAACAAUGGGUGGUUCCCAGAUGGCCUCCAGAGCAAGCCUUGGGUCGACCUGAGUCCCAGCGCCAAGCUUGACUUUUGGAAUGCCAGAGACAAAUGGUAUCCUACGUGGGGCGAGAACAGUGCCAUGAAGAUCAAGUCUGUUAAGAUGUGGCAGCAGGCCGGUUACAGAGGAUGCACGGGUUGA